AUGCGAAGUAGGGUUUUGGGUUAUGCCCAGAGGAAACUAGGUGUUUUGACACUAGAAACAGAGGAGGAUAGGAAACUCCAGGGCGGCCCGGGAACACCAAGCACCAUUACUGGUGUUGUAAAAGGACUGCAAAUAGGUGGUGACAAGGAAGAUGAGAGAGAUGGAGAGAAUAGUACUUGUGAAGGUGCUAAGAUGAUGAGGGAAGCUUCGUCGGUUGUGCGAACGAGGUUUCUCUCCUGGUUCUUCUCGAUGCAGCUGAGACGAGCUUCAAGGCUUGCCAUCCGUGCAUCCAUGGAUCAGCUGGCUCUGAUACCAAAUGAUACUAACCCUUYCCGUUGCCGGAACAAGAAAUUUCAUCAAGGGAGUGAAGACGAUGAAGAAAGAAUAGAAGUUGAAGAAGAAGCAGAUGGAAUAGAUGAUAUAGCAGAGCGGUUUAAGUGUAUGAGCCUCUCUAAGUGCGACGUCUCCAAACGAGGGGAGAAAUACGGGCAGUGGAGGCAAGAGCAGAGGAUACGAGCGGCACGGUUGGAGAAGCGGCUCAAGGCAAGGUGGGCACUGGAGGAGUUGAUAGACGAACAGUUGAGACGAUUCGACGCCCACUACAACAGAGCCAUGGUUCCCUCCAGGCUCAAGGAGGUAGCCCACCACCUCAUGCCCAAAUGGACACCUCCCUUGGAGAUGGCCUCCCUUACAUGGCUUGGCGAUUGGCGUCCCUCCGCCAUUCUCUUCCUGCUCCGAUUACUCUCCUCUUCCUCUUCUUCUUCAUUCAGCGGGAGAGUGUUGUCACGGCUGAUUCAUGAAACACGCAUUGAGGAGGCUGUGCUGGACGAAGAGAUGGCAGAGAUCCAGGCCAACUGCAUCCUCCACCUCCCUUUCAUUGGCCCAAAAGCUAACAACAAGGGUACUGCCUUGGCGUCUGUGCAGUUUGAGUUUAAGAAGAUCAACCGAGUUAUCACAAAGGCUCAGCGUCUCAGGUACAAAGCACUGGAAUUGGUGGUGAAGAAGCUGUUGAACCAGACAGAUGCUGCUCAGUUUUUGGUGGCCUUCGCUGGGAUUCAAGAUUCAGUCCACCGGUUUGCUACCCAACAGAGACUCCGGAGAGGUCCUGUCUCCUUGACCAUCAAGGCCUUGGGUAUAUAA